AUGCUUGAUUAUACAAAUAAUUAUUCAAAUAAAAUAUCAUUAGAUCAAGAAGAAACAUAUAAUAUUCAACGUUAUCGUUUAACAAUUGUUCAAUUAACGAUGUUACAACAACAAAUUCAAGAAUAUAAAUUAAUAAUUAAUGAUCAUUUAAAUGAUCAAGAACAACGACCAUCAUAUGCUAAACAUCAUCUAUUAAAAAUAAAACAAAAUUUUGAUAUAUUAGAAAAUAAAAUUGAAACAAUUUUACAAACAGAAAAUGAAAAAAAUUUUCUUGAACAAUCAAUUAAUGAUCAAUUUAAAAAUUUAAAAUUAUUAUUAAAUAAAAUUGAACAAGAACAAAAAUUAAUUGAAUCAAAUAUUUUAAAUGAAAAUUUUUUUCAAAUAAAAUUUGAACAAUAUGAAAAAAUAUCAAAUAAUUUAUGGAUUCAAAUUGAACAAUGUAAAGAUGAAUUACAAAAAUCUAUUGAACAAUAUAAUAUUAAAAAUCAUGAUAAUUUAAAACAACGUGAAUUUUUAAAAUUAAAACAAGAUAUUGAUCAAAUGCGAGAAAUAAAAGAACAAAAAUUAAAUUAUCUAAAAGAUGGUCUAAAAUAUUAUAAUUAUUUACGUGAUAAAACGGCAAUAUUAACUCAACAAAUCAAUGAUUGUGAUAAACAAAUGAAUAGAUUAGCAAUAAAUAGAAGUAUGAUCAAAGAAAGUGAUAUUGUUCAGACAUUACAGACCGUUCGAACAGUGUUGAAAGAAACGGAGCCUAUGUACGAUGAAAUAUAUACAUUAUCACGAGAUAUCGAAGAAAAAUAUUUAAUAUCCGAUAAUGGAACAUUAAAAGAAUUAAAUCAUAAAAUGCAACAUGUCUCAGGUCUAGUUCAGGACAAUGUUAAAUACUUAAGUGAAAUUCAAGAUGAAAAACAAAAACGUGAUCAUUUACUCGAACAAUUAACAACAUGGAUGGAAAAUAAACAAAUCAGAUUUAAUCAAUUGAAUGACAGAAAUUAUGAUGAAAAUACAAUAAUAGAAAGAAUGAAUCGAAUAGAAUUUGAAUUAAAUACUAUAAAAGAGGGUUAUUCGAUAUUAAAAAAUGUUCAAAAUAUUCAAGAACAUUUACGAGGAAUAUUGGAUGAAAAUGAUGUACAGACCAUUGAUGAACUCAUUGGACAAUGUCAGCAACAAUUACAUCUGAUAGAAAAUUCUCAUAUUGACACACUCAAAUCAAUGAAACAAAUUCAAACUAGUUGGAGUAAAUUAACAGAUUCAUGUACAGAAGCACAACAAUCACUUGAGAAUAAUCGACUAUUAUUCGAAAAAAUUUCUAAUAAACAAAGUGUAACACCAGAAAAUAUACAAAAACAAUUACAAAUAUUAGAGUCAUUAAAAUAUGAUCUCGAUGAUUCAACACAAAUGUUUGAUUCUCUAAAAACUAUGGCUGAAACAUUACAUCAUAAUCAAAUUUUAGAAAAAGCAAAUGAAAUGAUAUUGAUAAAAAAUAAUUUAGCUCAUAAUAUUCAGAACGAUAGUAAACAACGACAAGAAAUGUUAACACAAUAUAAUCAUUUUAUUGAACAAUUUAAUCAAACACAAUCAGCAGCCAUUCAAUUAUUAAAUGAACAAAAUGAACAAUUUUCAAAACAAACAUUAAUUCAAGAUCCAAUUAUCAAAUGGGAGAAAUUUAAACAAUCAUCAUCAACAAUGAGAACAUCGUAUGAAAAUGUACACGAAUUAGGAACAAAAUUAAUAAAUGAAUAUUUUAAUUUUAAAAAUAUUUGUCGUUCGAUUUCAUCAACACUUGAUAUUGGAGAAAAAAAUCGAAAAUCAUUUGAAACAUCAUUAAAUAAUACUGAAAAAAUUUAUACGAGUGCUAUUGAAGAACAUCAUCGACGUCAAACACAUAUUGAAAAUUUUGACAAACAAAUUAGUAUAUUUGAAAAUACUUUUCAAAAUUUUGAUCAUAUACAAAAUUUACAAGAAUUAGAUCAAUCAUUUAAUACAAUAAUGGAGAAUAUUGAUAAUAUUCAAUCAAAAAUACAAUAUUUACUUGAUCAAUCUAAAAAUGAUAGUGAUUUUAUUAAUUUAAAAUCACGUUUAAAUUCUUUAAAGAUAAAUAUUCAACAUCAAAUGGAACAUAUUCGACCCAUUUUAAUUGAAAAAGAAGCAAAACAAAUUAUUAUCGAAUCAUCAUCAGAUUGGCUUAAUAAAAUAAAUAAAAAUUUAAUUGUAUACAAAACAGAACCUGUUUCAAUUCAAUAUGAUUUAAUGACAAGUCGUCUAACAGAUAUUUCUCGUGAAAUUCAAAUUAAACUUGAUCAAUUAAAAACAAUUACCAAUGAUGACAAUGAUUUAAUUGAACAUUUUAAAAAUGUCGACAAAGAUAUUGAGUUGAUUUUAAAAGAAAGAGAAAAAACACAAACAAAAGUAGUAGCACUCGACAAAAAUGUCACUAGUAUUGAUCAAGAAGUUGAAAAAUUAAGACUCGAAAUAGAUCAAAAAUCUUAUGAUACAAAUAUUUCAAUGGAUCAACGAUUACUCGAAAUAGAGACAUUAAAUAAUAAUUUAAGAAAUAAACAAAUGAAUCUAAGUGAAUGUAAAGAAUUGUUAAACAAUAUUCAAAAUAGUAUAAGUGAUAUUGAUAAAAAUGAAUAUUUUGGUCAUAUACGUUCAGUUGAACGACACAUAGAUGAAAUUCAACAACGUCAUAAACUGAAUGAUACAAAAUUAAAACAAAAUCAAAUAGUAUUCAAUGAAUUACUAAUGAAUUUAAAAACCAUUCAUAAAAAUUCUUCUGAUUAUAAACAUGCAUUAAAUGAAAUUAAUGAUAUGAACAUAAAUGAACUCAAUUCAUUUGAUACGCUUAGUCGAGAAUUUCAAGGUGAAGAAAAUCAUUUAAAUACACUUACAACAAAAUUACGGACAAUUACGUCUGAUUUAAGUGUUCAAGAACGACAACAAGCAGAAUUAGAAAUUAAUAAAAUUGUGAAUGAAUUAGAUCAAUUACGACAACAAACAGAAAAACGAAAAGAACGUUUAAAUAUGUUAAUUCAACAACGACAAGAAUUUGAUACAGCAUCAAAUCGUUUAACAAUGUGGAUAGAUGAUAGAUUACGUGUAAUUACAACUGAACAAACGAUACCAUUCAAAUCAAGUGAAAUUGAACGUUUACAUAAAAAACAUUUGGAUAUAAUCAAUGAAAUAAAAUUUCAACGCAUCACGUUAGAUAAUAUGAUGAAAUUGAGUGAAGAAAUUAAGAAUGGUUAUUCUCAUGAAGGACAAAAUGAAAUUGAUCUUCAUAUGAAUGACAUUGUUCGAAAACUCAAUCAUCUUGAUGAAACAAUUAAUGAUCGUGAUCGUUUAUUGAAUGAUGCUAAUGAACAACGACGUGAAUUUGAUCGUUUAACACAAAUAUUGACUGAUUGGAUAAAAACAAUUGAAUAUCAAGUAAAAGAACCAAUAACAAAUGAUUUACAAACACAACAUACAAUUAAGGAAAAAUUAAAAAUUAUUAAUAAUCUUCUUCAAAAUACGACUGAUCGUACGAAAGAGUUUGACGAUUUGUUACGAGUCAAACAUACAGUCGUAUCAACAUUAAGUGAACCGGAUAAAUUGAUAUUAAAUGAAAAAUAUACGUUAAUAAAAGAAAAAUAUACUCGAUUAUCCGAGAAUUUAGCUGUGCGUUUGACGGCACUCGAUGAGGCGAGUCGAGAACGUGCUGAAUUUGAACUACAAUUUGAUCAAAUUCAACAAUUAAAUACACAAUUACAUAAUGAAUUACAAAAUUUACAACAAUCAUCAAAAAUUAUAGAUGGUAGUCAAAUAAUAGAGAGUCCUCGAGGAAGACUAAGUCAAAUGCCAAUUGAAAUGCGUCUUGAACGUUUAAAAAUGUUGAGUGAAAAAGUUGAUGAGGCAAAUAAUCAUAUUCGAGAAUUAAGUCGUACACAACGUUUAUUAACUAGUAAAGGGCAUCGUCUUGAACGAAUUGGUAGUAGUGGUGGAAAUAUUGGUGAAAUAAAUUCAAAUUUAAAAACAAUUGAAUUACAAUUGCAUAAUGAAAUUGAACGAAUGGAACGUGCUGUUCAAGCAGAAAAUGAUCUACAUGAAAUUGAAAAAGAACUUGAUGUCUAUAUGAAUACAUGUGCUGAACAAUUGAAAUCGAGUCAAUAUCAUCCAGAAAAAUCAACUAUUUAUCAAACUGUUUCCGAUCGUUUAAUACAAGCUGAACAUGGAUUUGAAAAAUUGUUAACACUUUCUGAACGUCUUUCACACGAUAUACCAACUGAACAAUUUGAUGUAAUUCAACAUUCUAUUCAACGACGUCAAGAGCGUUUACAAACAUUGAUUAAAUCGUGUUCACAAUCGAAAUUAGACCAUGAACAAAUGUUAAAAACACAACAUAAACUACAUGAAGAGUUAUUUUCAUUGCACGAUUGGUUAAAACGUUUAACAAACGAUUUGUCGUAUCCAAUUGAACUGAAUUUAUCAUUGAAUAGUGUUAAUGAUGCACAAGAUGUUGUCACUCAAUUAACGUCGUCUAUUGAUCAACGGCUAGCACAUUUAGAACAACUACUUCAUGAUGAAUCAUCAUUAUUAACUAGUAAUAAAGGAGAAGUUUAUACUCAACAAACUCGAGAACGUUUAGAAGAGCUUGAACAAACAAAACAACAAAUUCAGAGUUUGUUAAACCAACGACGUCAUACCUUAGAAGAUAUUCAUCAGCGUAUGAGUCAAUUUCUCAAAGUUGUAAAUGAUGUUAAAACAACUAUCAGUGAUGCUGAUUUUAAAUUAGCACCAUUUUUUGAUGGAUACGAUCGUACUCGUUUAGAUUUACAUGAACAAGAAUUAGAAACAUUGGAACAAACUUGUACUCAACAAACGUAUAGACUCAAUGAAGCAGUUAAACUGUCAGAUUCAUUACGACCACAUUUAAGAAAUAAUGCACGCGAUUUAUGCGAUACUCAAAUUCGAAAUCAUCAUCAAAUUAUCGAAGAUUUAGAGAUUCGCAUACGUCAAAGACGAAAAGAACUAAACGAUAUUCGACAAAAAUCUGAACGAUUUAAUAUGAGUAUCGUGCAUUUACAAUCCGAUACUACUCGUCUAUUAACUAUGAUUGAAAAAGCACCGGAUGGUGCUGAGAGUUUAGUAUCAGAAAUUGAUACCACAUUCUCUGCAUUACAAUAUCUUGGACGUGAUUUAAAAAAGUCCUUGGAUCUUUCAAGCUCGUCAGAUAUCGAUCGUGAAUUAAAAGAUGUUGCAAGUUCAGUUGAAACAGUUCGAGAUAGUUUAGAUCGUGCUAAACGAACAUAUGAGGAGAAUGAAGCAUUACGUGAAAGAAUUGAACGAAUAUUAAACAAAGCAAAAUUAUUUGCUAAUAGAAAACGACAAGAAUUACAACAAAGUACGGAUAGUGGUUACGUUAGUGUGGAUUUAAUGAGACGAUCGGUGGAAAUAAAGAGUUUCAUAAAAGACGUUGAUAUAGAAACAUCUGGCUUAUCUGAGUUAUCCGAUUUGAUUGUCACAUUGUCUGAACGAAAGUAUGAUUCACAAAUUGUACGUUCACUCGAGAAAAAGCAUGAGGAUGCAUUACAUGAUCUAAAACUAUUACGAAUGGAAACAAUAAAAACUGUUGAAAAUAUUGAUCAACAAACUCAAGAACAGGAAAAAUUACGACAAAACGCACGAUCAAUUCUCUCGUUGUUGCAACGUGCAAAAGUAAACCUUAUUGAAUUGAGACCAACAAUAAAUGAUGAAGCUAAUCAAAAAUUAAAGAAAGUUGAUAAUGAUUUAACAACGACUCUAGAUGAAUUUCAAAUUGCAUGGGAAAAUUAUCGUCAUGAGUACGAAUAUGUAUCAGAUGAUCUAGAGAAAUUAGUAUCACGUGUGGGAGAAGAUAUGAACGAUGUCAAGACUCGUUAUACGGAAAAAGAAGCUGAAUUAAAUUCGUAUCGUACAUUAAACAAUGAAUAUGAAAUAUGUGUUGAAAAAAUACUUGUUAUUAUGCGUUUAAUUGAAAAUAAAACAAAAAAUCCAUCAACAAAUGUAAAAGAAAGUUUACACAUUUUAAAGGAAUUGGAAGUAGAAAUGCAAGGAUAUCGUCCAAUGAUCGAUCGUUUACAAUUAUUGUCAUCAACAUUAAGUUCCCAAUUAACAGAUCCAAAUGAACGUGAUCGCAUUCGAAAACGUUUGAAUGAAAUAACAAGAAAAUGGUCUGAAUUAGAACAAGAAAUUUUAACUGAAGAAGAAGAUAUGCAAGAAAUGAAAAAUAUUACGGAGCAAUAUACAGAAGUUAAUGAUAUUUGUGAUAGUUGGCUUCGUCAAGCGCGUACAAUAAAUGAUGAAUUAGUGAAUGCACAUAGUAUGGAAACAUUUGAUAAUUUGAUACCGAAAGCUAAAACUACUAUUUUCGAAUAUCAAUCAUGUAUUGAACAUUUACAACGAUUAAGAAAUCGAUUAAAUCGUCUUGUACAAACAAAUCGAACACCAGAAGCAACAAAAAAAUUAGCUGAUCUUGAAAGUUUACUAAAAGAUUUAUCAAAUAUUCGUGAAAAUGUUGAACAAUCUAUUGAAUCUAGUCAAAAAACUCAUUAUCAAAUGAAUGAAUUUGAAAAACAAUGUUUAUUUUAUAAACAAUGGCUGGAUAAUAUCGAUCGACAAUUACAAAACAUGGAUCAAUUAUUAACUAUUGAAAAAAUACAUCGAUGUAACGAUAUUCAUGUCGAAUUAGAGAAACGAAAACAAAUAAUUGCAAAUCUGUUACAUGAAUAUCCUCAUAUAUCACAUAUCAAACAGUCAAGUACAAAUGUUCAACAUUUAUUAAUUAAUAUUGAACGACUUAAAACGAGAGUGAUUAACCAGCAGCAGGAAUGUGAAAAACAAAAUCGACAACAACAAGAAUUUCGAAUACAAAUCGAUAAUCUAGUCGAAUGGUUAAAACAAAUUCAUCGAUAUGAACCACUAACUGACAAACGUGAUGUUGAAUCAUUAGAACGAGAAUUAACAAGUCUAGAUGAAAAAUAUAUACAAAUUGAAAAAAAUUGUCAUGAAAUCGAUACUUUACUACGAAAUAUAAACAAUUCUGGUUUACCAGCUGAAUCAAUUCAAAAACUUCGACAAGAAAGUGAUCAGGUUAAAGAACGAUAUUUGGGAUCAUUAACAGAGUUAGAAACUAAAAAGAACUUUUUAAAAAAAUCUUUAAAAGAUGUUGAUCAACAAAAUAGAACAUAUCGCGAUUAUCAAGAUUCACUUGAUAAACUAUCAACAUUAGUUAGAAAUGAUCAAACACCAUUGAAAACUGUUGAAGAAGCGUUGCAAUCUCUAGAUGAACAAAUGAUCAAAUUUGAACAUCAAAAUGAAGAAAAAGAAAGACAAAAACGUCAAAAAGAACGUGAAUGGCAUUUAUAUUUGGAUGAAAUAAGUUUAUUACAAGAUAAAUUAACAACAUUGAAACAACGAAAACCAAAUAUUCAUGAUUCAAUCGAAGAUCAAUUACAUUUUAUUCGAAUACAAGAACAAGAAUUAGAUCAAUAUCAUGUAGAACUUUUGCAUUUAAAACAAAAUGGUCAAAAAUUAAUUAUUGACAAUGUAAAAAUGCCAUUACCAUCAGAAAUAAAUCUUUUACAUUCGAUGAUACAAUUUUUAAAAGAACAAUUUGAACAACAUCGUGAUCACAUUAUACGAGCUGAUAAAAAUCGUGAAUUAUAUUUAACAGAAAUGAAACUUUACGAUGAUUUAUUGUUAAUAUCAAUUGAACGUUUGGGACGUGGUAUACAAGGAAUAAAUAGUGAAACAUAUUCAAAAUCAUUGCAUGAUCAUAUAGAAUAUUUUGCAAAUAUGGAGAGUAAACGACAUAAUCUUAAUAUUCUCUAUGAAAGCUUAGAUCGAGAUACGAGACAACGUUAUUCAAAAACUCAUCAUCAAGAUCUUGAUAGAAAAUCAAAUGAUAUACAAGAUAAGAGUCGUACGCUAACAAUUCGUUCUGAACAAAUAUUAAAAAAUUGGCGUGAAUACGAAAAUCGUUUAGAAGAAAUUAAACAAAUUCUAUCAGCAAUAAAUCAUCAGAUACCAUCAAUAAAACGCAAUAUUCCAUUUGAUCAAAUACAACAUACAUUUCUUAUUUACAAGGAAUUAAAACAACGUCUUUGUCAUGUUGAAUCAGAAAUUUUACAUUUGAAUGAUGACAUUAAUCAAUUAUGUAGUGAAAUAAAUGCGACAACCUUACAAUCGGAAUUUCAAUAUGUCAGAGAUCAAUUUGUGCAAUUAACAAAUGAUAUUAGAAAAAAAUUUGAUAUUCACAAAAGUGCAAUAAAUCUGGCAAAUGAUUUGAAGCGACAUUUAUCGACAUUAGAAGAAACAUUAAUUCAUUGUGUAACAGAUAUGAAAAUACUACAUGAUGGCAAUUCAAAAGAUAUUAAUAUUCUUAAACAACAAUUAAAUAAAUUAUUAGAUGUUCAAAAACGAUUAGAUAAUCAUGAUGAUUACCGAUUACAAGCGUCAGAUUUAAUUCAACGAUUAUCAGUAUACAACAUGUACGAUCUUGAUCCAUUACACACAUCAUUGGAAAACAUAAAUCACAAAUGGAAUAUAUUAAAGUCUGAUGUCAUUCGUGCUGAAACUAAUAUACAACAGAGUUUAAUAAAUAACUUACCAUCUCUUCAAGCGUCUAAAGAAAUGUUAUUAUUUACCGAUACAAUGAAACGAUAUUUGGAUGAAGAUCAUGGUGCAUUGAUUGCAAAUCAAGAAACCGUUCAGAAACUUUUAAAACGAUAUCGUGAUAUGCGUGUUGAUGUAGUAAAUCGACAAUUGACAAUUGAUUUUCUAAAUGAAUCAUUUCAACGAGAAGCGAAUGCUGAUUUAACGGGAAUUGAACAUAUAGAUCAAAUUAAACAAAUCAAUAUUGACUGGAUUAAAAUAAAAUCACUUAUUUCAGCUAGAAUAGAUACAUUGGAACAUUUGAAUAAACAAUUCAAUGAAUUUGAUCAAACUGUUCGAACAUUGGCCGACUGGGUACAAGAGCAAACAAUUGAUCUUGAUUUUAUGAAAAAUAGAAAAUUUGAAUCGGGUUUGAAAGAUAAUUUACGUAAAUGUGAUGAAUUAGAAUAUCAAUUGACAACAAAACAACAAGUAUUAUCAUCAUUAAAAAAUUAUACAGAUCGUAUGAGUAGUCAUUAUUCAUCUAGUUUUCGUAUUAUUGAUCAAGAUGGUAGAAUUAGUAAUUUAAAACAAAUGCUCGAUCAUUUAACACCAUCUAUUGAUAGUUUAAAAUCAAAAUCAAAACAUAUUCUAAAUGAUUGGCAAGAAUAUAAUCGUCUAUUAUUAAAUAUUGAAAAAGUUUUAAGAGAAGCUGAAUUAGAAAUUGAACAUGUUGAAAUGAGUGCAAUGAAUGUAGAUACAUACGAAAUGUGUACAAGAAAAGCACAGGAACAUUUACAAGUGAUGACAUUGCAAAAAAGUGAUCUAGAUGAAAUAAAUCAACAGAGUCAUCAAUUAUCAUCUCAAUGUGAUAGUAGUACAUCGACAAAAAUAAACGAUAUAACACAUCGUAUCAAUAAAAAAUGGAAAGAUAUUGAUAUGAGACUACAACAAUUAAUAAAUCCAUCAAAAGAUAUUGUCAAUGAAUGGCGAAAAUUUAAUUCAUCUUAUAUUGAAUUACUUGAUCGUCUAGGUGAAUUAGAAGCAAGAUGGUAUUCAAUUCAACGAGAAAAAUUUACAUCUGAAACAGAAACAUUAUUAGAAAAAGCAAAAGAUUUUCAAUCUCGUUUACAACAAAUUGAUAUUGAUGUUUUACAAUUAAAUGAACGUUCACAAAAUUUAUGUCAACAUUUACCACAAAUAGCCUCUAAAAAAAUUCAUACUCAAUAUAUUGUUAUUAAAAAUCAAUAUGAUGAAUUAAAAAUAUAUCGUGAUAAAUUAUUAAUUGAUUUUAAUCAUAUUAAACAACGUGAUGAAAUAUUUACUGCUCAUUUAAGUGAAAUAGUAUCAACAAUUCAAUUUGUUCAAACACAAUUAAAACAACAUAAUUAUGAUAAAGAAAAUACAGAUGAUUAUUUAAAAGAAUUAAAUGAAUUAGAUCAACGUUUAAUAUCACAAAAUAAUUUAAUACAACGUUUAAAUUCAUCUGAAUUUAUUUUAUAUACAUUACAUGCUAAACGUUUAAGAGAAAUAACAAUUGAAUUUUAUCAUUUAAAAGAAUUAUUAAAAACAAAAAUUAAACAAAAUGAAUUAUUUUUAUAUGAUAAAUUAAAUUUUUCAAAACGUUGUGAAAAAUGGAAUGAUUAUAUUAAAGCAAUUGAAAUAAAUUUAAAUAUGAUAACAAAUAAUAUGAAAACAAAUUAUCAUGGUCUAUUAGAAAUUGAUCAUAAUUUAAAUCAAAUAUUAAAUGAUUUUAAUAUAAGACAAACAGAAUUAAUACAAUUAUUAAAUGAAGGUAAAAAAUUAAUUGAACAUAAUUUAAUUGAAAAUAAAAAAAUAUAUUUUGAACAAAUAUUAUCUAAAUUAGAACAACGUUGGCAACAUAUUAUUAAUAUUGUUAAUGAAAAACAAUUAUUUAUUAAAGAAUUAAUUAAAAAAUGGAUGUUAUAUCAAAAUUUAAUUGAACAAUAUUAUCAUUUAUUAAAACAAAAAUAUGAUCAAACAAUAAUAUUAUCAGUAAAACAAACAAAAAUAACAAUAAAUCAAAUAAAACAAGGAAAUUUUUCAACAUUAAAAAAUAAUGAUGAAUUAAAACAUUUUCUUGAACGUAUUUAUGAUGUUAAUAGACAAUUAAUUACACAUUCCGAUUUAAAUACAGUGACUCUGUUAGAAACAGAAUGGACAGAUUUAGAAAAGUCAGCCAAUGUGUAUCCUGUACGACGAUUGUAA